AUGUCCAGAGCAGUACCAGGCCUCACCAGCAGGCUGUGCACCGCUGGAGCUGGAACCCUGAGGACGAUGGUCCAUGCAGCAGGUCCUGGACUCACCGACAUCCCAGCGGUGGCGUCCCUCAUCGGGCAGAGGUCCAGGCGACAGGCAGAACACUUUGUGAACGAGUGGAUUAAAAGGCUCGCAGACGAGGUGGUGAAGAUGCUGAGGGAACACUCUGCUGGAACGGAAACCCCUGAUGACAGCGACCCCUUUCCGGAGUUGGGUUUUAAUCCAAAUCUGGACGGACUCUCAAGACCUUUAUUAAACAAAAAUGACUGGAAACAAGUGGACCUGUACACAGCCAGAGGAAGAGUCAUGUGUGAAUGUUGUGUUUUAACCCUGAGCAGCAGCAAGCUGGAUGUGAGGCCUGACCCGGUGUGGAGGAGGAGACUGGAUCUGAUCUUUGAUGGCCUGGAUGAAAGCAGACUUUCUCUGGACUUCAACCACAGGGAGCUUGUGUCUAAGGUCACACAGAGGUCAUCAGUCAACGUGCUGCUGACAAACCUCAUCCGGGGGAAUCUGCUUCCCUCGGCUCUCGUCUGGAUAACUUCCAGACCUGCGGCGGCCAAUCAGAUCCCUCCUGCAUGUGUCGACAGGGUCACAGAAGUACGAGGCUUCACUGAGGCCCAGAAGGAGGAGUACUUCAGGAGGAGAUUCAGUGAUGAAGAGCUGUGCAUCAGAAUCAUCUCACACAUCAAGACGUCCAGGAGCCUCCACAUCAUGUGUCAAAUCCCAGUCUUCUGCUGGAUCAGUGCUACAGUUCUGGAGCACAUGUUAACCACAGACCAGAGAGGAGAGCUGCCCAAGACCCUGACUGAGCUGUACUCACACUUCCUGCUGGUUCAGACAAAGAGGAAGAACAACAAGUACGGUGAGGGACAUGAGACGACUCCACAGCAGCUGACGGAGGCUGACAGGGACGUUCUCCUGAAGCUGGGGAGGCUGGCACUUAAACAUCUGGAGGAAGGAAACAUCAUGUUCUACCAAGAAGACCUGGAGUGGUGUGGUCUUAAUGUCACAGAGGCCUCGGUGUACUCAGGAGUUUGUACUGAGAUCUUCAGAAGAGAGUGUGUGAUCUUCCAGAAAUCAGUCUACUGCUUUGUUCAUCUGAGCGUUCAGGAGUUUCUGGCUGCAGUCUACAUGUUCCACUGUUACACCGAGAGGAACACAGAAGAACUCAAGAACUUCUUGGGAACAUAUGGGGACACAUACAGUACCUUCUCCCUGGAUGACCUCCUGAAGAGAACCAUGGAGAAAUCCCUCACCAGUAGAAAUGGUCAUCUGGACCUGUUUGUUCGCUUCCUUCACGGCCUCAGUCUGGAGUCCAACCAGAGAGUCUUAGGAGGCCUGUUGGGUCGGACAGAGAACAAUCCAGAGAUCAACCAGAGAGUCAUCAACAACCUGAAGGAGAUGAAGAGUGAUAACAUUUCUCCUGACAGAAGCAUCAACAUCUUCCACUGUCUGACUGAGAUGAACGACCACUCAGUUCAUCAGCAGAUGCAACAGUUCCUGACGUCAGGGAACAGAUCAAAGGAGGAACUCUCUGGGAUCCACUGCUCAGCUCUGGCCUACAUGCUGCAGAUGUCAGAGGAGGUUCUGGAUGAGUUGGACCUGGAGAAGUUCAACACAUCACUCCAGGGUCGAUGGAGACUGAUCCCAGCUGUGAGGAACUGCAGG